GCCCGCCGCCAGGCGCCGCCGCGCACCUCAGCGCGGGCAGCGAGGCUCCGCCGCGCCUCAGCCCUGAGCGGGCCGCGCUCGGCGCCGCCAGGAUCCUUUUCCUUCUAACAUCUCCGGGCGCCGGCAACCGCCACGCCCGGCAACCGUGCGGCCGCGGCAUGAAGCAGGUAGAGGCGCGGGCGGGCUGUGCGGGGCGGCGGGCGGUGGCGGCGGCGCGGCCUCCCCGCCCCUCGGCGCUGACGGGAGCGCUGUGGGGGUCCCCGCCGCAGGCGCUGGUGGACGACACCGAGGAUGUGUCUCUGGACUUCGGCACCGAGGAGGAGCUGGCGCUGCGGAAAGCCAAAAUCAGGCACCCACUGGCCACCUUUUUCCACCUGUUUUUCCGAGUGAGUGCUAUUAUUACCUACUUGUUCUGUGACUGGUUCAGCAACAGCUUUGUUGCCUGUUUUGUCACUAUUCUCCUUCUUCUAUCCUUUGACUUUUGGUCAGUUAAGAAUGUGACAGGAAGACUCUUGGUUGGUUUACGCUGGUGGAACCAGAUUGAUGAAGAUGGAAAAAGUCACUGGGUAUUUGAAGCAAAAAGGGUGCCUACAAUAGCUGCCUCAACUGAAGCUGAAGCUCGAAUCUUUUGGCUCGGCCUCAUUAUCUGCCCAGUAAUUUGGACAGUGUUUUUCUUCAGCACCUUGUUUUCCCUGAAGCUGAAAUGGCUGGCUCUUGUCAUAGCUGGUAUCUCCCUUCAGACCGCUAAUUUAUACGGAUACAUCCACUGCAAAUUAGGGGGACAAAAAAGCCUCAGCAGAAUAACUUCAAGGUUUUUUCUCACAGCAGAUGUUCCUGAGGGACAGACCAGGAGAAUUUCAGAAGACCGCACUGAAGAACAUGGAAAGACACGCACCAGAUAAUCAUUUAAGUUAAGGAAAAGUAAAAGGAUGAGCAGUAGAAAUACUCAUUUGUUAAAGCUGUUUUUCAUAUGGAAUUAUUGAAGUAAAGCUCUUCUAGAAUUGCCUGUGUGAAAUAA